GUGGCCGCGGCUCGGGGUGGCUCAACGGCGUCGGUGGCGGAGCGGCGGGGAGCGGAGCGGCCGCGGGCGCGGGGCCGGGAUGACCGAGCUGCGGCAGCGGCUCGGCCGGGAGCCCGGCGGGACGCGGGAGCCCGAGGAGAAGGAGUCUGAGUCUGAGAACAAGCUGGAUGGAGAGACAGCAUCAGACAGUGAAAGCAAAUCUGAAUUUGGAGGAUCGCCCCCGGUGCCGACAUCGGAUGACACUCCAGAGGUCCUGAACAGAGCUCUCUCCAACCUGUCCUCAAGAUGGAAGAAUUGGUGGGUAAGAGGCAUCCUCACGCUGGCAAUGAUUACCUUCUUCUUCAUCAUCAUCUACUUGGGACCCAUGGUCUUAAUGACAAUAGUGAUGUGUGUCCAGAUCAAAUGUUUCCACGAGAUUAUCACUAUUGGCUAUAAUGUGUACCACUCGUAUGACCUGCCCUGGUUCAGGACGCUCAGCUGGUACUUCCUGCUCUGCGUAAACUACUUUUUCUAUGGCGAGACUGUGACGGAUUAUUUCUUCACCUUGGUUCAGAGAGAGGAGCCCCUGCGAAUUCUCAGCAAAUACCACCGCUUCAUUUCUUUCGCCCUGUACUUAACAGGUUUCUGCAUGUUUGUCUUGAGUCUGGUGAAGAAACACUAUCGCCUCCAAUUCUACAUGUUUGGAUGGACCCAUGUGACGUUGCUGAUUGUUGUUACCCAGUCGCAUCUCAUCAUUCACAACCUGUUUGAAGGAAUGAUAUGGUUCAUCGUCCCAAUUUCCUGUGUGAUCUGCAAUGACAUCAUGGCAUACAUGUUUGGGUUCUUCUUCGGCCGCACACCACUCAUCAAGCUCUCCCCAAAGAAGACCUGGGAGGGUUUUAUUGGAGGAUUUUUUGCCACCGUUUUGUUUGGAUUGCUGCUGUCCUAUGUGAUGUCUGGGUACCGGUGCUUCACCUGUCCGGUGGAGUUCAACAAUGACACCAACAGCUUCACAGUGGACUGUGAGCCAUCCGAGCUGUUCCAGCUACAGGAGUACAACAUCCCCUUGGUGCUGCAGUCCGUGGUGGGCUGGAAGACAGUCCGGAUGUACCCCUUCCAAAUCCACAGCAUCGCACUGUCUACUUUCGCCUCCCUCAUUGGGCCAUUUGGAGGCUUCUUUGCUAGUGGAUUUAAGAGGGCCUUCAAAAUCAAGGACUUUGCCAACACAAUCCCAGGGCACGGAGGCAUCAUGGACCGCUUUGACUGUCAGUACCUGAUGGCUACCUUUGUUAACGUGUACAUCGCAAGCUUUAUCAGAGGUCCGAACCCAAGCAAACUGAUCCAGCAGUUCUUAACCUUGCGGCCAGACCAGCAGCUCCACAUCUUCAACACGCUAAAAGCACACCUUGUUGACAAGGGUAUGUUAGGUAGCUUGGAAGACGCAUAGACAGCCGGGCAAUUGGAACAGGACUGAAAACAGACAAGCCUCCUUGAGGAAAUUCCUGGCUUGCCUGAUUUAAGACAAUAACAAGGCCUCAUUUCACUGUAACUUUUCUUCCUUUCUUGGUAAAUGUUUGCAUUUGUGGGUUUUUUUAAUAACAUAUUUAUAUAGCUUUGGUUCAAAUGAGCAAAUCUUGGGUUUCUAGCUGAAAAGGAGUUAAGGCUUGGAAGGACUGUUGGGUGAAGUAGGAGGGUAUGACUGUCCUCACGGUCUGUUCUUAACCUUCAAUGCACGUGGGCAGAGUUGAACUUUUCCUCUGAGUGUGUUUAUGCAGGGAAUAGACAAAGCGUUGUCUGUACAACCGCCUCUGCACGUGGGAGCCAGCAGGGAAGGUGAAGCCGUGCAGCUCCCCUGGCCAUUGUGCCAGGCUGUGUUCAUGAUGGCAGCUCUGGGGACCAUCAUUUUCUCCGGUGGUAACUGUGAAUGCAACGUUAAUUUUCCCAGAAAGCCAUGUUUAUGCCUGUGUGCAGUCUCCUUCUGGACUGCACGGUGAGCACAAGGCUCCGUUAAUUGGAAGAGGAUCUUGUACUAAUCCAGCCAUAUUUCCUCUGCCCAGCCAGGCAUGUGCAUCUAUUUUCACUUGCUGUUUUUGCAGUGCCUCUCACGUUCCCCUCUUAUGGAUGAUAUUUUGGCAAAUAAGAUUUUUAUAACCAGUUAAACCAGAAAUAGACUGGGGACAAGGAGUCAAGAAACUGCUAGUUGCUUGUGGGAAUGUGGGAGGUUCAAAUUGCUUCAAAACUGAAUCAAGUAAAUAGGUGUUAAACAACAUUGAAGUUUCAUUGAGUAAUUCCUGCCAAGUAAGAACAACCCUUUAAAUAACUUGGUUCAUUUUUUCCCCAUCAAAUAACCUUUAAGAAACACUGAACCACACUUUCUCAUUUCUCAAUGGUUGGAAACCCUGCACUGGGAUAUUUUAAGUAAUUUGAAGAGCAGUUUCCAACCCUUUUUUUUUUUUUUUUUUUCCUGAAGUUUGCUGGUUGGGGCUCCAGCACCCCGCUGGUGCUUUCAGCUGGGUAUUUUGUUUUUCUUUCAGGGAUCAUGUCUAUCACCUGUUUGUUACUUGAGUUCUAGAUGUUGUGCUGCUGAGUUUAUCAUGGUCUAUGUUGCAUUUCAGUCUGGGUUCAUUUACCUGCAGGCUUCUGUCCUGCUUUGCUUACUAAAUCUUGUCAUAAAUAGUUUGUACUUAAUAGUUGCAAGUUUUAUCUAAGUACUUUCCUUUAUUUUGUCAUACUUUUUUAUUAUUUAAAAAUGAGAGCCCUAAAGAUUGUAAAGCUUCUCUUUUUUUUUUCUUUUGUGAUCAGAUAGUGAAAAUAUCCCUGGUUUACACCUUAUGCAAUGUUCCCAAACACAAGGUGACUCUGAUUUUACUUUCCAUAGUUUGUGCAUGGGAGAGAGAAGCUUUACCUUAUUUUACCCUGGGGAACGAGUGACAGGGAAAGAUAAUACAGAAGUACAUUGCUGUUUUCAAACAGUUGCUGACAUAAACCUUAUACACAGACCCCCCCAUAUGGAGACAUGUACACGCUGCAAGCUAGCUAAGCAUUGACAGAAAAUAAAACACCUGAAAAUACUUUGAAGUUCAUACUCCAUGUUCUGAUUCUGCCAUUGCUUUCAUUUACUCUGAGUGAGUGAGAGAGUGCAUGUGUGUGUGUAAAUACAUUAACAGAUACCAACCUCUCUCUUACAUUUCUAUAGGACCCUUUCUGUGUGGUAAGCUCUGCUUCAUCUCCCUAAACAGGAACCACAGGGCAGAAGUUUGUGCCCGUUGUACUGCAAAUACAGGUAUUUGAUCGAAAGCACAGAUUGUGGAGAAGUUUCCACAAAGUAUUUUCAGCAUGGUGCUGGCAAAGUUGUUGGCUUCUGGCAGGAGUCAGGACUGCUAUGACAGAGCCAGUUCAGGAUUGCAUUUGGUUAAUGCCAGUGGUGUACACAAAGGCUUUCCUGAACUAGUUGUGGAGACUAUUCCAUUCCAGCUUGAAUUAGGCAGGGAUUUAUUUUCUGUCAACUUAGAGGAUAUUGGUCCAAGCCCCUAAUUUGAAAAUUGGAGGGGAGAAUUAAGGUGCUUCCAUCUUGCAUUGCCCGGGGAGAAUAUUUGGUCUGCGUUUCAUGACAAUUUGGCUGAGUUUAGCUAGGCAAAGUGAGGGCACCUGCGAGGAGUACCGGGGCUGGGAGUAGGUGUGGAAGUGAUAGGGUUUUGUGUAGUCCCUGAAAAGUAGUUUGCCCUGUGGGGUCAGACAAGCUGGUGCUUUUCUGGAUUCUCCCUGCCCGUUGCCAACAUCUGCCAAAAUCCCUUGUAGUGCACUGUUGGGUCAUAAGUCAGUCAUCAGAAGAAGCUAUAGUGUUGAUAAAUAUUACAAAAGUGUACUGCUCUUUAUAUUAAGAAAUUUUUCUUAUGGGUCUUUAGUCUCCUGCUCGUCUUGCUUUAAACCUUUUGUACCUCUUUAGUUGUAAUUAGUGGGGCAAAAAUCGAACGCAAAGCUUUUCUGCAUGCUUUUGAUUUGAAGUAGCAUUCGGGCCUUUUUGAAGGGGUGUAAUGCUGAAUGUGGACACUGGAGGGCAAAGCAGUUGCAUUUGGUGGCUUCCUAGGGCUGGGAGAGAAGCAGCAGCAAUAGUGCGUGUGGGUGGCUUUCCUGAUGAGCUCGCAGCUUUAUUCUUGCUUCCUUCCCAGCAGUGCAGUUAGUGUGGACUUCCAAGCCUGUUUUGAUCCUGAAGGGUAAAGCUACGUGGAAAGGGUUUAGCAUCCUGCAAUGAAGUUUAGUAAACUGAAUGGGAACAGUGCAUCCAUUUGAGAGAUGAGGUGGAAGGAGGGAGAUGGGUGUUGUUAAGAUUAUUUGGAAGCUGUACAGUUGAACUUGCUGAGAAAUACUGGCGAGCACCAUAGUGUGUCCUCCGUCAGGCUGAGAGCUGUGGCUGGCAAACCCACUUCUACACCACUGGUAUGAAUAUAUGUGAUAGUACCACUCAGCGACAGCGUGCUGCCUGGGGGAGCAUUUGGUGGGCUUUCCUCAUCAGCCCAGCCUGUGAGUGGCUUUCGUUUGCUGUAGAUACUUCAAGUUAGACUUAGAAAGUUAGAUGAAAUGAAAAGCUGAUGAUAGUGGCUUUGGCUGUCCCUAAAGGGGAUAACUGUGAUGCCAGGGGACGUAUAGCAAGACAUGUUGCACCUCUCUUCAUUGCAUUAAGCCUUGCAGGACCGUGGUCAUGCUGCAGCUCUCACAAGAAUUUAGGUUCAGAGGGACGCUGACGUAGCUAGCACUGGUGGAGAGGCCAAAGUGACACCAGGGAUGUCUAGGUAAGGUGAUGCGGGGAUGCUCACGUGAAGUUUCUCCAGCUGCAGGGCUCGAGCUCAGCAUUGCACAAUAGUUUUUGUUCACAGUGGGCUCUGUGACCUGAGAAGUUCCUCCUGCUUGUGCCCAGCAAGAGGGAAAUAACUGUGAGAGCAGACCAGCAAGAGGGGUGGUACUGUAUCAGCCGGCGUGUGUCCUUGGGUCGGAAGGAAGAGAAAAGUAGGAUUUGGCCAAUGUGAAGCUUACGAGGGUAUGACUGCUGCCUGGCAUGGGACAGGCUGGUUUGGAAACCACCUCUUCACGAGCAGUCGCUGCUUUUCCAGUUGGAGCGGACAGAGAGGGACAUGAGUGUGUUUAAUGAGCAAAGGGAUGGCAUGUGGCUAGAGAGCUGCUUUUGCAUAGCGUGAGAAGCUGGCUGUCCUGGUGAGGUGACUCUAAACGUUCAUGACGUUUGUUUGCUGGUGGGUGAUUUAGCGAUAUGGGUCAGACACUGGUUUGAUCCACAGUCUGAGCAGGCACGGCUGGGCUAGGUCUGUGUAGACGAGCACUUGGCAUGCUCUGAUAGGAAUUUGCUUCUCCAAGUCUGGUUGUAGCCCAAAUUAGUUUGCAGAUGGGAUGCCUGGCCAGACCGUGGCCUGCAGUGCUCAGCGAAACAUCAAAACCCAGUUUCUGCAUACAGUGUCAUGUCCUGUGCUGAUCAGCUUGUAUUAUUUAGAUAUUCUUCGGGGUGAUGGGCUCAGAAGUCUGCUGACACUGAUCCUGAAGGGGCAGCUGUUGCCUGGGGUUUAUGGUACGCUGUGCAGCUCAUGAAGCUGGAAACCCCGUAGCAUCAGCUGAUACUUGGCACCAGGUUGUGAAAUGCCAGUAUCUUACAUUCCAAGGUAUGUCUCCUGUUUCCGAUGUGUGCAGCGAGUUCCUCUGAGCGUGCUUGCUGUGGGAUCCUGGCAUUUCUUCCUUCUGCUGCCUCUAACCAGCUCUGUGUGAUAGGAGGAGGGCAAAGCUGUGUGGAAAGCAUCCGUACGGCCCAUCCAGACCCUCCUGGGGACAGGUGUUUGUCACAAAAAGCAUCGCAUGAAAGCUCCUGUGGUUCCUGCCCUCUGUAACCAGCCCUGGAGUUGCAUUUUGUACUACUGUAAUCUUUGUGUGCUCCUGUUCUCCAGACCUGAUGUGUCUCUACCAUCUGCUUCUUUCUCUGUGCAUUGUUCUUUUGAUUAACGUUUUAGCUACACAAGUAGAGUUGCCUUUCUUUGACUGAAUGUCCAAAUGUGAUAUAUUGUAUAUUUUAAAGUAUUUACCCUAUUUAUAUACUAUAUGUUACUGUUAAAUAAAAAUAAGUUCCAUUA